CUGAAAGAAGUAAAAGCUAAAGUUGAUGUUUUCUGGCUACAAGGAGGAAGCCAUGGACUAACAGUGAAGGGAAGGUCAGAAGAGUCUGUGCUGCAUGAAGUGAACUUGCAAGUCAUUGCCUGGAUGAGCAAGCAAGAUGGGGACGCGUCGGCGUCAUGGCAGGAGAGCCGUGGAACAGAGUAAACAUCCCUUUCCCCGGUGCUCUUUCCAGUGUUCGUAUACAUUUUAGCAAGAAAACAGGUGCAAAUGUUAAAGCCCUGCUGGUGGAAAGCACGAAUGUCCUUAAAAUAAUCAACAGCGAGCUUCUCCAAACGGAGGUCAGGGUUCUCUACCAGCUGCUGUACAACCUCGAGAACAGCUUCAGAGGAAACAAGACGUUCAAGUGCUUGCAACAGGUUGAACAAUGUAUAAACAGGCUGAAGAACAUGAAGCUUGAUGUUGCUCUUCAGGACCUGACUGAUCUGUGUCCUAAUGAGAUACAGAGAGGUGUAAGUUUGAAGACUGGUAACUGUGGCGUUCCCAGUCAACCCAUGUUGGAGUGGCUGGGUCUCAAGUUGCUAGGAGCUGCCCAGCUCAUGAGCUGCACACUAACUCGCUGCAGCAGAGCUUUUAUUUUCACGAAGCAGCAGUUGAACUUGGAGGAGUUUGUAGUCUUGAAUAUGGUGAUAAUUGGAAUGGUCAGUCGUCUCUGGGUAAUUUGCCGAGGCAUACUCAUCAGUCUGCCCCCCCUGUACAAGCAGCUCCUGGUACUGCUCAGAGAAGUAGCCCAUGCCCAACCAAUGCCGUACCUCACAGACUUCUCCCUUCCAGCGGACAUGACCCAAUUCUUUCCCCCCUCUGACAUUUUGUAUUUAAAAAAACAAUCAAAGCAGGAUUCCCGUGCCAAACGCUCCAAGGAAACAACAGUCAACCAGGGGCAUGCAAGGAAUACAAAAGAAGACCUGGGUGUUGCUCUCAAAAGAGAUAUAGUUGUUUAUGCUGACACAAAGCCUUUACUUGAGGUGAUCAGGCACCUAAGAGAGGCACCCAAGGGCAAAGACCUUUCACAGGAAACAAAGGCUGCCAAGAAAAAACAGAAGUUCAGGAAACAACUGAGGGAUGCAACUACUUUUACAGAUAUGGCAAAACAUCUGGAGGAAAUGAUCCUCUGGUGUAAAUCUGAAAACAUGGGGAAAGAGAAAUGCUUUCUAACCUUCCUGCGUUUGAAGUGCCAGAAGCUAAAAUCUCUAGAGGCAUCAGGUUACAACAUUCAGAGGAAGUUACAGACCUUCAGAAAGGAAGCUUGCUGGGCCUCAUCUCCUCAAGGAUCAAUGCCAAAAACCUGCUGUUUUUCAGCCGCCGUGAGGAGAAAUGCUCAUCUGAGAACCAGAUUACAUUCACUCAGAAGUCAAUUUAAGUCUUCAUUAUUUAAAAAGAACUCCCGCAAGAGGCGGCAGAGGAGGACACAUUUGUCUGGAGUGUCAGAGGACUGUCCAAGAAGCAGGACUACACAUGAACCAUCCCCUCAGAACACCGAGUCUGAUGGCUAUGAUGACAUUGAUGAUAUAUUUUCUUCUAUUUCUUUGUGACAUUUUGUAAAUUAGAAACACAAUGCAACACAGUGACAGAUUUUGAAAGAAACAUGGCUGAAAAUUGAUUUUCAAAUGAUAAAUAGCACCUGAAAACUGCUGCUGUAUCAAUAAGCUUUAGUGACUCACAGUGGUGUGGUGUAGAGUCAAUUUGCACAGUUGCCAACACAAAACACCACAGCAGUGAUUGAUGCUGACUGAAAAACCUCAACUGUUAAUGAUAAGAGUUAAAAGGUUUUUUUCUUCUUACGUUGAGAUCAGAAUAAACAAUUAUAUGAGGCAAAAGGUAUUGUGAUUCUAACUCUUAUAGAACCACACUUUGGAUAACAGUGUUUAACUUGCACAAGUUGUUGUGAAAUUAAAAAAAAAGCAAGAAAGCUGAUUGUGCAGCUUUCUGUUGUAGAAGUGUUGCACCUGUGGUGGAAAUUUCACAUAAAGAGGCAAAUAAGA